AUGGAUAACUACCAGAAAAUUGAGAAGAUCGGUGAAGGUAUGUGGUCUUGUGACGUUUGUUUACUUGUGUGCUCCGCGGCCCAACUAACGCGCCAAUCCUUAUCAGGUACAUACGGUGUGGUCUACAAGGCCAAGGAGCUCACCCACCCCAACCGAAUCGUUGCCUUGAAGAAAAUCCGUCUGGAGGCCGAAGAUGAAGGCGUCCCCAGUACCGCCAUUCGCGAGAUCUCGCUCCUAAAAGAAAUGCAGGACCCCAACAUUGUCCAAUUGCUGAACAUUGUCCACGCCGACGGUCACAAACUCUACCUCGUCUUUGAGUUCCUCGAUCUCGAUCUAAAAAAAUACAUGGAGGCUCUGCCUGUCAGUGAUGGUGGACGAGGCAAACCUUUGCCCGAUGGUUUCAAGGCCGGUGCUACCCUCGGCCUGGGUGAUGCCAUGGUCAAGAAGUUUAUGGCUCAGCUGGUUGAAGGCAUCCGCUACUGCCAUAGCCACCGAAUUCUGCACCGUGAUCUGAAGCCUCAGAACCUUCUGAUUGACCGUGAGGGCAACCUUAAAUUGGCCGAUUUCGGUCUGGCUAGAGCAUUCGGUGUUCCCCUUCGUACAUACACGCAUGAGGUACGUAUCGAAGAUCUGACGCCAAGGAUCCCGCUAAUCUAUAUGCAGGUUGUGACUUUGUGGUACCGGUCCCCGGAAAUUCUCCUGGGUGGGCGUCAGUAUUCUACUGGUGUUGAUAUGUGGUCCGUGGGUGCUAUUUUCGCUGAAAUGUGCACUCGCAAGCCUUUGUUCCCUGGUGACUCUGAAAUCGACGAGAUUUUCAAGAUCUUCCGCAUCCUUGGCACCCCCGAUGAAGAGACUUGGCCUGGUGUGACCUCAUUCCCCGACUACAAGGCGACUUUCCCCAAGUGGAAGCGCCCCAACGUGGAGAUUGUUCCUGGACUGGAAGACGCAGGAUGUCAGCUCUUGGAAUCACUCCUCGAGUAUGACCCUGCACACCGACUCUCCGCCAAGCAAGCCUGUUCUCACCCGUAUUUCCGCAACGGCAGCGCAUACUACUCCGGCCGUGCUCCCAGCAACGGAUACCACUGA